CUUGACUAUAAGCACAGACCAGUCAAUCAAAGCAACUUGACUGUCUGAAUUCAUAUUAGGUGUUGUGAACAUCAUGUGGACAUCCCGGGGACGGCAAUCGGCAACCAGCCUCGCCAUCCACGCAUCUCGUCGCCUUGCGAGGGACAGCCGACCUGUCGGAGCUUCGUGGCGAAGAUAUUAUGCCAGCAAUGGAAAUCAGGGAUCUUCUCCCACCUGGUUCCGGAACUCUUUGGGCGUGGCAGGUCUAGGAACGGCCGCAUAUCUAGGCUACGAAUAUGCUACAUCCAACCGCAGUGAGAUUGAGAGCUCAGUAGAACCGGUGAAGGACCUUACAAAUGCCACCGAAGACUUCGGCUCGCAAUUUGCGCAGAAGAAACGGAGCGUCAAGAGCCCCGGCGUCUAUGUUUGGGGCAACAAUGCUUACAAAGUCGUCGAUCCGAGAUCGAAAGACUCUGUUGUGAAGACUCCGCGGAGACUUGCUUACUUCGACGGCCAGGUGCUCAGAGACCUCAAGCUUGGCGAGCAGUCCGGCGCUGCCAUUACUGAGAAUGGUGACUUGGUGCAAUGGGGCAAGGGCUUUUCAGAGACCGACUUCAAGCCUACGACGACUCUGACUGGCAAGAACCUGACCUCGCUGUGCAUGUCUCAUGACCGUCUUAUCACCUUAUCGUCGGACGGCACGGUCUACUCACUUCCCAUUGCCAGGGACGACCAACUAUCUGGCCGCAAGCUCAGUGAAGGCUCCUGGGUGCCCUUCUGGUCUGGGUCGGCCAGUGUGAGUUACCGUAAGCUACAGCCCAGCUUGAAGAUGGGGGAACGGGUAACAGCUAUUGCCGGGGGAAUCGACCAUGCGCUACUCCUGACCAGCUCGGGCCGCGUCUUCUCAGUCGCUUCUUCUUCAGAGAACUAUCCGUCUUUCGGCCAGCUCGGUGUGCCUGGGUUGAAGUGGGCGACUCGACCCAAGGGCCCGGUGGACGCGUGCCACGAGGUCAGCGUGUUGAAAGGAUCCAAGAUCAUUCAGGUCGCAGCCGGUGACUAUCACUCUCUGGCCCUCGACAACCAGGGCAAUGUAUAUGCCUUCGGUGACAACUCUUUUGGCCAGCUAGGAAUGGAAUUCGACCCAUCGUUCCCGUUCUGCGACACGCCUAUCAUGGUGCCCAUCAGGAGACUCUAUCGUGGCCCAUACCUACCGAAGGCGACUCAGAUCGCUGCUGGAGGCGCCAAUAGCUUCAUUGCCGUGGACGCGCAGCGGAUAUUGGGCUCGAACGAGGAUCCUUCUACUGUGCGCGACCUGGGCCGUAUCACGGCCGAUGUCUGGACGUGCGGGCGGGGAAUCUGGGGUGCUCUAGGCAACGGGAAGUGGACUCAUAUCCAGGACGCUCUCACAAAGGUGAAGCCCUUGAGUGGAUUGUUCGAAUUCGAUGAGCGCUUGAAGGGACUCGCUCCCAUCCGCCUGCGCGAUAUCUCCGUAGGUACGACACACGUCGCAGCGGUAAUGGACAACAACCCGCAGAUGGACUCGGCUUCUACGGAUACCCUGAGUGAAGCGGAUGCUUGGGGCUACGAUGUCCUUUGGUGGGGAGGCAACGAGCACUUCCAGCUCGGCACCGGCAAGCGUAGCAACUCGUCCAAGCCGAUCUACAUCAACGCACCCGUUGAGGGUAAGAGUGAGGCUGAGAAGCAGGGGGCACGGCUUCAGAUCAUGCCUAGUCACAAGGGCAAGGCUGGUAGUCGGACGGUGAAAAUGGAACAACGUGUGGAGUGCGGACGACACAUCUCAGCCAUUUAUUCUAGGGUCUAAGGGUCUAAGUUUUGUUUCUGCAGUGUAUUAUUAGCAGCGAGUGUAAAACGAAAAGGUCAUGUAUAUUACUUGGGCAAUCUCGCCUGUGGCAUUGGAUAGGGAAAAGGCAUG